AUGACCACCGAAGGUGCUUCACACAGGAAAUCUAGUUCGAAUUCAAAUCGAUCACCUGAUUUGGAUGGCGCAUCCACAACGCUCAUUGAAAAAUGGCAAGAAAGUUUAUCGGGUUUGAUGAACGAUCAAGAGGGGCGCAAUUUACUAUACCAAUUUGUAAAGCAAGAAGCUGGCAAAAAUUCACUCGAUUACACGAGGCUGGUAUUUUAUUUUGCUGUCGACGGUCUAAAACUACAUGCUGACAAAAAAAUAAUUGGUAAACUAAUAAAAGACCUGAGUGAGAUGAUAGACGAUAAAAUUCAAACGUCACCUGAGCUUAAAAAAACCAUCUCCGAUAUUAUAAGAAAAGAGAGCACACCAAAUCCACGUGUUUUCGAUGAUUUUCAAAAAACGGUAGCAGACAUGAUUGCUACAACAACUUACCGAGCAUUUCUGCAAUCAGACAUGUUUAUUCAGCAUGUGCAUAAUAAGAAAUUUGAAAAACCACCAAUUGCCAAUGCAAGUUAA